AUGGCCGACUCAAUCCAAUCAGAGUUCGUGACACUCGUAUCAUGCGAUGGCUUUGAGUUCAUUAUUCCCCGCAGUGCUGCCUGCAUCUCGGGGACUAUCCGGCGUAUGCUGGAUCCUACAAGUAAAUUCUCAGAAGCACUCAGUGGCCGCUGUGUGCUAGAGAACAUCACGGGAAUCGUCCUCGAAAAAGUCUGCGAAUACUUCAUGUACAACGAGAAGCACAAGGACCAGGCCAAUGUUGCUGAUAUGGAGAUUCAGGCGGAGCUGUGUCUAGAGCUCUUGAUGGCUGCUGAUUACUUGGAUACUUGA